AUGGCCCCCGUCUCCAAUAGAGCUUCUCAUUUCGAAACAGUCUUACAUCCAGAGUCAUCCAAAGAAUGGAGAUCCAUCCUCCAAGGAAUCAAGCUGCUGUACACCCGCCGUCAAUACAAACAAUGUGCCACUCACUGCUUCGAGAUCCUCAACAACACAAACCAGCUGGCCCACCCAGUCUACAAAACCUACCUCCACUUCUACAGCGCCAUUUCCCACGAAGAAAUGGGCCGCUGCGCCCACAUAUACUCCAGCAACAAGAUUUCGCUCCUCCGCUCCGCGUUGGACUCGUUCGUUGCCUGCACCUCUGCAUUGCCAGCCCCAAUUCCCACUCCCACUCCCACUCUAGACUACGACAGCAGCUGGUGCAGCUUGGAGUCUUCGUUCACGGAUCCAUCUUUCUUAUCAGAGUCGUCGGAUAGCGCUUCCCCUGUGGGCAGUCUCAUCAGUAGCAUUACGGAUAUCAUUGACGGGUCUAUUGACUGUCCGGCGGAUGAUCCGUUCUUGUCUGACACUGAUACGUGGGGCUCACUGGGCGUUGAGACGCCUUCUAAGCUGCCGCGAUAUGUCCUCACGCCUUCUCCGCUGAAUGUUCACAAGUCGGUGGAACAUUGGGAUUCGUCCCCACCCUUGAAAGUCCCAGCAAAGGCCCAGAUACCACCUCCUCUUCCGCUGAAGAUUCGUCCUUCAAUGGCUGACAGUGACUGCUAUGCUAAGUCACAGAGGCAGCGUAGCUCGUUGCAGAUGAUGCAUGAGCUUGCCCUCCCAGACAAACGCAAUGCAUAUGCCCCAGCUUCGUCAACUUCCUCUACUUCCUCUAUCCACAAAUACAACGACAUCAUUGAAUUCCUACGCGCUCAGAUAGCAACUAGCAUCUCUGACAUACACAAAGUAAUCGACGAGACCACCGAGGCCCAGAAAGCCCGUAGAGCUUCCAAGACAAUCCGACGUUCAGCGUCCUUCUGGAGCUUCAGUCCAGUCGAAGAGACCACGCAGAGCAAUAUGGUGUCGAAUGACGCCGGAGGAACGCUUUGGAGAGAAACGAAAGAGCAGCGUAUUGCGCGAUUGCGUGCGGACGGUUGGAGAUCGGUGGGAUUGAGGUCGACCUCGAGGGGAUGGAAGGGCACUGAGUAUUACAAGGCGUUUUGUGCGUCUGUUCUGGAUGAGGUUUGCCUUGAUACGUGA